AUAAUGUACAUUCUUCGUUGCCUCCCUUGUCAUUCUCAAUCUUUACACGGGACGGUGGCACUAACAGCGACCUCUAUCAUUCUCACAUAAAUCCCAGAUCAUCCUCUACCUGCUACAGUCGAUUUCCAUGGCCAAUAUCUGCAGAUCUUUAAGGAAAGCAGUACGAUCCCUGCUCUCUGGAAAACCCCCAAAUACUCUCCACGCCAUAAUACCCUGUAUUCACCAUUACCAGGAUUCGACCUUGCCUCUGCAGAAGCACGUUCCAUACUUCCUUCACCAUCGCCAAAUAGCUCAAAUCACUUGUUUCCCAUCACAGCCUCAUCUCUAUUCCUUGAUCUUACAAGGCUAUGUUUCCUCUGAUCAAUUCAUCCCGAAUCCCCUGCAUCAAAAUGCCCAUUCUUCCCCUGCAUCAAAAUGCCCCUUAUCUACAGAAGACGCGGCAGGAACACAGAGUUGUGUACAUUUAGAGACUGCAAAAAGAAAGCUGCGAGGCAUCUCAGACGCCUGCAUUUCGUACAAAAAAUUGCUAUUACUGUGCACAAAUUGUGCACAGAACGCCCACCAAGGCAGAGAAAUCAUACAUUCGCUGGAGCAAUCAGGGGACAUUAUAAUAACAGGCCAGAGGGUGUAUAUUCAUCCUAAACAGGUAGCCAGAGCUGUGGAAAAUGUUCUGGUUCUGAAUUCGGGAUAUUGCAACUGGGUAAACGAAUUGAAAAUUUUAGAAGAGGAAAAGAAAGCAAUUGACAUGGAAUCGGAAAAGCAAGUAGGCAGUGAAAUGUAUUUUGGGUUGGGAUUGUUCAUCCUGCAAUCGGGUGUUUUGUUCUGGUUAACAUACUGGGAGCUUUCAUGGGAUGUUAUGGAACCUGCGUGUUUCUGUGCUGGAUCAUGUUAUCUCUGUGCAAGAUAUGUAUUCUCCUUCAUUACAAAAAGGGAUCUGAGCUUCGAGAGUUUUCACGCGGUUCGCUUCAAAUCUAAACAGAGAAAGCUCAUGAAAAUCAGAAAUUUUGACGCGGAAAGAUACGCAGAGCUUCAGAAGAUUUGCAGGCCUGUGUUGAAAGUAGGGGAGUCUGAUAAAUCAAAUUAAUAUUCUCUUUUUUCCUGUACAGACAUUUUGGUUACAGAUAAAUUGUUCUGACCGUUUAUGAUGGGUACACGCGGAAAGCAUUUAUUGGUUUGCCCUUUGUAUUUUCCAGGGGCUUGUAAUUUAUUAAUUAAUUGAAAUUUAGAAAUCAAAAUGCUGGAUAAGAUAAUUGUUCUGCCCAAAGAAUUUAAGAAAGGGUGGAAGUAUCUAUCAUUAUUAUUUGAUAAAUCGUCUUUGUGAAACUUA